AAUACACAUACAGAGAGAGAGAUAAUUUUCUGGGUCAGUUUUACACUCUUGAGCUCCUCCUAUACUCCAACAAUGGCGGACCCAGCCAUCUACGAUUUCCUCAACCAGCCACCGCCCUCUUCCUCCUCCCCUUCUCCUUCUAAACCCAUCAGAAGGUCCCAAGCUCAAAUGGGUAACGGAGGCGGCGGAGGAGGCUCAUCUCACCGUCUCUUCUAUUGCCAAUACUGUCCUCGCAAGUUCUACACUUCUCAAGCUCUCGGUGGCCACCAAAACGCUCACAAGCGAGAACGAGCCGCCGCUCGAGGACGGAGCUUAUCAGCCGAGCGACUGGCUCGUAUGCAACUCGACUCAUCAUCACCUCAUCAUCUUCAAGUUGAUCACUCUUCGGGACCACCGCCGACGGGAGGAGUACUUCUCGACCGUUAUUGGCUCGACUACGGCCACGGCCACGGUCACAACCCAAUACCCUCUUCGGCCGUUCAUGGCGGCAGUCACUAUUUUGGAUCGAGUUCUUCCUCUUUUCAUCAUGCUGAUCAAUAUCCUCUGGGUUUUCACGGUGGUUCUACGCCGGAAUCUCUCUCUCCCACAACCACCGGCGAUGGCGGCGCUGCUGCUCCUGCUCAUCAUCAUCAUCACCAUCAUCAUGACCUCGUAAACCUUGACCUUUCUCUUCACUUGUGAACGAAAAAAGCUAGUUAUAUAUAGUUAUAUAGUUAGAGUUAUAUAUAGGGCUCUACUGAUCAUGUUCUAACCCUCAUAUAGUAUAACUUGUUCUUUGAUUUUGGUACCUUAUUAUUAAUUUCUGAUAUUGGUUUCUUUACCCCUUUAUGAUAA